CGUACAUGCGCGCACGUGUGUCUCCGCGCUUCUAACUCUUUUCCUCUCUGCGUAUCGGAACUUUCAGCAGUCGGUGACCAGUGACCGCGGAAAGAUAGAGAUAUUUGAACGAAACAACGAUGUCGACAACAACGGCGAACAAAGUGGACUUCCUGCAAGAGCAGGUAUCCGACGCGAACAAGCCACUGCAAAAUGGUCGCGGCUGCAACAAGAGCGAAGAGCUGCAGCUCGAAGACAUCAACAACGACAACAACAACGACGGAACCAUCGAAGUGGAAAUGAUUGUUCCACCUGACGGAGGAUGGGGCUGGGUGAUCGUCGCAGCCUCCUUUAUGUGCAAUCUCUUCGUUGACGGUAUCAUUUUCAGCUUUGGCGUAUUUCUGAACGACAUCGCAAAUGCAUUCUCCGUUUCGAAAGCGAGAGUCGCACUCGUCGGUUCGUUGCAGACUGGAUUCUAUCUGAUGGCUGGUCCCUUCGUGUCCGCCUUGGCUAAUCGAUACGGUUUUAGGCGGGUGGCAAUAUUAGGAAGUGCGAUAAGCAGCUUCGCUUUCGUCCUCUCGUACUUUAGUACUUCCAUCGAAUUCCUUUACAUUUCUUACGGUGUAAUCGGCGGUAUCGGAGCAGGACUAAUAUACGUGCCGGCCGUGAUAACCACCGGAUUUUACUUCGAGAGAUGGCGAGCAUUGGCCACAGGUAUUGCCGUGUGUGGUUCCGGUAUCGGUGCGUUCUUGCUCGCUCCAAUCUCAGAUAUCUUGGUGAAAUAUUAUGGCUGGAGGGGAGCUCUGCUGAUUCAAGCAAGCAUGCUGUUACACUGCGCGAUAUUCGGUGCGAUGUUCCGUCCUUUGAAACCAACGAGAAUCAAGGUGAAGGAUAUUCCGGAAACUGCCGCGCUCGAGGUGAAAACCACGUUGUUGGGAAAGGGUGCGUCGACGACCUCGUUGCACUGCGUGCAGCCCAGCAGCAGAAGCGGUUUCUUUGGCACGAAUAACAAUACGGAAUAUCCGACGGCGGCGGAACUACUCGGCAGCAGCCCUAACAUAGUCAACGCAUCCAAAUCGCUGCAUUCCUUGUACAAGGUGCAGGUAGAGACCGAGAACGAGAAGAAGAGCACGGAGAAACGGUUAUCCGUGCCGAUAUAUCCUGAUUUGGACACUGUAAAUAACGAGAAAAUAGCCGAGGAGAACAAUCUGCUUAGCGGCGACUUGGAACGUCUCAACGGAAAAGUACCGACGAGUCGCAGACAUACGAUUAGCGGCAGGCGUAUUCGAACGGAUUCGGAAUGUAGCCAAAGGUCUCUCAAAAUGGGUAAGCGAAAUUCUAGAGAUCCGCAGAGACCAUUCUACAGAGACGACAUUUUUUACGAGGGCUCUCUGAACAGACUUGCUCAUUACAGGUCACAGCAAUCGUCGGUCGGUUAUCACAUGUCAGUGACGCGGUUGCCAACGGCAAAAGACGUGGCGGAAGAAAAAAGCGGAAGUUGCUACUUGUGUCCGGAAAGCGUACGCCGAAUUCUGACCACAAUGCUCGAUCUCAGUCUCUUAAAAAGUCCGUCCUUCCUGAUACUCGCGAUUUCUGGCGGGCUUACUAUGAUGGGUUUCUAUACACCCUUUAUGUACGUGCCAGAUCGCGCCAUAAAAGCUAACAUCGAUGCUUCCACGGCAAUGUUCCUCGUUUCGGUGAUCGGUAUCGGCAAUACCAUCGGUCGUAUCGUGUGUGGCUUAGUGAGCAGUUUGCCAGGAGUCAAUGCUCUGGUCAUCAACAAUAUAUUUAUCAGCGUCGGUGGUUUAGUCACCAUGUUCUCUGGUCUUUCUUUGUCAGAAGGAUAUCAGUUCUUCUAUGCAGCCAGUUUUGGUCUUAGUAUAUCCGUGUUCGCGUCUCUGAGAUCGAUUCUCGUUGUGGAUUUGUUGGGCUUGGAAAAACUGACAAAUGCUUUUGGAUUGCUCCUCCUGUUUCAAGGCGUGGCGGCGGCUGUGGGCGCGCCUGUUGCAGGUGCGUUUAUGGAUGCAACUGGGAGCUACGAUGCGUCGUUCUAUUUGUCUGGCAGCCUGAUCCUCAUGUCGGCUGUGAUCUGUUAUCCGUUGAAGAGGGUCAACGUGUGGGAGAGGCAAAGGGACAACCAGAAGAAUUCAACUGCAGUGGAUCUUCCAAUACCCUGAUCGGAAGCGGCGAAAUUGUAUAUUAAUCGUACAUCACACUUUGCGCGUUGCGCCCGCGCGCGCGUACAAUCGAGCGCUACAUAUAUACGUGCGUUGUACAUAUUAAUGCAUUAUAAUUUAUAGCGCUCGAGUCAAGAACGCAAUUACGUCGCACGCAUUCGCACCGUGCGUCGAUGGUUGAAACGAUCGAUCUCGUGUUGAUCGCGCGAUCAACGAGUAACGUCGAUUGUAUCUGCUCGCAUCAAGGAAUAGCCUUAGGAGCAGAAUCCGAUCAUGUGCCUGAAUAAUAUUCUCACUUUACGUAGGGCGAAAAACGCGGGCGAGAAGAACAUUUACGCGUUUACGUACAUACACUUGGGAUCUGUACGUCGUACAGCCUUGAUCGGGAUUUCCCUAUUUCGCGAUACGACUUGAUGUUUGCGUCCAUGACUUUGCCACUCCGCGAUCAUAAACUUCUGACAAGCAUCUUUGCACUUCGUUCGAAAUGUGCUUCUUUUCUAUACAGCCUUAAAAAAGAUAGUGGAUAAUUUUAUAAACGUUUCGCAUUUCUCAAAAUGGAGGAAAUAGCUUACAUCCCGCUGUUCCGUCCACCUGUUCAUUUGCUAACCAAGAGGGACCAAAAGAGCACGAUGAAAAGUCGCUUUGUGAAAUAGGGCUCGGGUUCGACUACGCUUAUCUAUCGUCUUCGUUUGUAACACUAACAAGCGUGAGGCAGGAUAUUUGUGCCUUAUGUUUGGUGCGACUUAACAGUCAAAUUUUUAUAUUAAACUCAAGACUUGAAUCGCGUUAAGCGAGAAACUUCCAGAAAAUUUCCAUUUAGAUCAUUAGUUGAUUAAGUCUGUACUAAACUCAUGCUAAUUUCAUCAAAAGUUUACAUCUUGAAUCAAUAUUAAACGCGAGUUUGGUGCUAAUAACUAUCGAUGAAAUUAAUAAUUGUAACAUCGCAACAUUUAUUUUAACUAACUAAUAGAGGAACAGUAAUUAUUAUCUUAAUUCCAUUAAAAAAGAAAUAAUAUUAGCAUUCAUGAAGAUAAUCGUUUAACGAUGAUACAUUGAAGUAAAUCAAUGCAGUAAAUAAUAAUAGAAAGUAAUUUUGAAAGAUGAAGUAUUCAUCUUUUAAAUUCACUUAAUAACAAUUGUAAAAAUAUCGAGAAGUGCUUGUUCAUUUUAUUAGUGGAAACUGUUGCGAUGUCACAUCUAUUUCGAUCGAUCUCACAUAAAGCAUUAAACGCGAGGUACGAAAGAUUCAACGAAAGAUUAUUACCUCGGUCGAGUAUAUUUCUGGCGACAAAAAGUUUUUAAGGCAGUAUAGUCGUACAUUGUAGGUCGUUACUAAGCAAUUGUGAUCGCAUAUAUUAUAACGCGCGAUGUCUCGCGAAAGAAACCAAACUUAAAUAAUGUUGAUAUUUUAAUUAUAAUAAUGUUAUAUAUUUUAUUCGCGGUGCUGCGCAACAUUACAUAUACAUAUACAUGUUAUAUUCUGAACUGCCACAUAUACGCAUCAUCUAGUUUAAUCUUUUAUAAGAUUUUACGCGCGUAAGCAUUUGUACUAUUCAUUCCUCGUAUAUUCCAUGUGAAUAUAAGCGUUACGAGUAGAGUGUAUAUAUUACGUUACUAUGUUUAAGCGUAAUUAACUACGAAUCGUCCGUAUGUAACGAGAGGCAUGUGUACUUUGCAUACAUGAGCGUAUACGUAAUCUCACAAAGCGCGCAUCUCUCUCGAUAUAACAUUGUUAAUUUAUAAGUGUCUCUCAUUCCAUCUGCUCUUUUAAAAUUGACCAAAUCCUUCGCUAUCUUCGGAAUCUAUGAAAUUAAUAAUGGCCAAACUUGAUAACUUGAGAAUCUCGUGAUAAACGUAAUUUUUUCAUUUUUUCUUAUUUAAAAUAAUAUUAAAUGUUCAAAACGUAUGACACAUUAAAUUCUCACGAUUGCUUAUUAGAUAAUGUUUCGUAUACACAAAUUCGUUUUUAUUCGUAUACAAAUAUACAACAAAAUUAUGAAAAACUUGGUCAAUUUUAAAUUCAAUCGAUUCGAGUGUCCAUCGUUCGUGAUUAGGCAAAAUUCUAAUAGCGUUUUAUCUGUUAGAUUUAAGAAAGAUUAAGAAAGUUGCUCAACAGUGAAAUCCGUUCCUAGUGUUCCUAAUUACUAAUCCCUGUGCUAUACAUAUAUGUAUACGUUACAUAGUAUUUUUGUAUAACUAUAUGCGCUGAUUUUUAGGGAGAAAUAGUGCAGAAAAAUAAUCUGAUGCCGAGGAAAUGAUUCCAUUGACAAAAACAUGUAUAAAUCAUGUGUAUAGUAAAAAUCUACAGAUUAUAAAGAAGAGAUUGACCAUUAA